GUUCUCUAAUAUGGAUGGAUACACACAUGGAUGGAUGGAUGGACGCACACAUGCCCGCCUCCAUGUGUAUGUAUAUGUGUGUGUGUGUGUGUGUGUGCGAGGCGGCCCGAAUUGAGUGUGGUAUGCCUUUUCCGCCAGCCAGUCAGCCAGCAAAUCAGCCAGCCAGCCAGCCAGCCAGCCAGAGCGUUUUUGUCUCGACACAGUCAGUCUUUCUUGCCCCCAUCCAUCGCUCAUGGCGUCCGUACGGAGUGAAUGUGAAUGUGAAUGUGCCCCAGCGCGUGUGUGGUGGUGCGUGGUGCAUGUUGGUAGGUCGGUUGCAUCAGCAAUUUUGAACCAGACAUACAUGACGUCCAGCCACUGACUCCAUGCCUGAACGUUCAAUCAAUGGGUGUAUAAUGUGUGGGUGACCCACGUCAAUCCAACCCAUCUCCCCCAAAUCGCAUUGAUUGAACAGGAUUCCUGCCUUAGUCAUUGCUCUGUCUGUCGCUCGUCCCAUCUCUCUCUCAUACAGACCCUCCGGCCAUGGACACCAUACCAUAUAUGCCAUCCAUCGAUCAGUAAGUAGAGGAGAGAAAAGGAGCAAGGCGAGGCGCAUCCGUCACAUGCACACAAACAGUCAGGCCAGGCAGCAAAGCAGCAGCAAUCGCUGCAUCGAUGCAUCGAUCGUUGGAAAGCAAAGCAACCAGCGGCCAGGCAGGUGGUGAAAAAUCAAAGUCAGCCACAUUCAGGCACGCAGGCAGGCACCCAUGCAGACAGUCAAGACGGGCUUCAAAACUCCCUCUCUCUCCCCCCCCUCCCCUCCCCUCUGCCAUUCACUCAGACUGUGCUCACUUCACUUAGCAACGGGGAGGUCGAGGUAUCCCGCCUUAAGGAGCAUGGUGGUGAGUUUGCCCUGCUUGCCCAUAUCGGCCACCUCCUCCCCGCCGCCCAGGAACUUGCCUUCGAAGAACACUCGUGGUGUCGUCCUGGCGCCCGUCAGCUCCUCGAGGUAGUCCUGGAUGCUGUCCUUGAGGCUCUCGUCCAGCUGGUCGAUGAACUCGCUGCCGAACCCCUUGGGCUUGACCGUCUUGCCGAAGUGCAGGUGGAACCGGUUCAAGACGCCGCGCGUGAAGGGGCAGAAGGACUGGCCGAAGACCAUGAUGGGGAAGUUGCGGAUCCGCUCGUCCACAAACUGCUUGGCCGCCGGGGACACAGCCAGACGCAGAGAGGACACGCCAUUGCGCAGCCGAGUUGGGGUGCUGGUCUGCUGCUGGUGGUGCCUCGCGAGAGGCGUGGCGGCAGAGAUGGAGGGCUGGAAUGCAUCGACCGACACACACAGGGCCGCGCAGAGGGCGAUGAUCUGCACCAGGGAGGGCAUGUUGAUCAUCGAUCUGAGGGGCGGGUGCAGCGCAGGGAGGUGGAUGGGGAGGGCUCGCAAGGGGAGGUCAGAUCCUGCCAGAUGGAGGCCUUGUAGACUUCGUG